AUGCCUCGCAAAAUCACAGUUGCCGUCGCGCAAGCGAGCACUCAGUCAUCCCUCUCCACUACCUUGGAUGCUUUGCACCGGGUGACUCGCCACGCAGCGGCUCGUGGCGUUCACUUGAUUCUAUUUCCGGAAGCCUACUUGGGUGGCUAUCCGAGGACAUGCGAUUUCGGAACAGCGGUCGGCUUCCGACAACCUCACGGUCGCGAUCAGUUCCUAGAGUAUUUCAACUCCGCUGUUGAUCUCGGCGACACCCCAGCCGGUGCUGGUGACGACUGGGUCGAUCGAAAACUCCCUCUCCCGCGGGGUAAGGAUUACCGCGGUGAUGGCACUCGUGAGACCCUUGAAAGGAUUUCCCGGGAGACGGGCGUCUUCAUUGCAUGCGGUGUGAUUGAGAGGGCGGGAGGCAGCCUUUACUGCUCCGCUGUAUACGUCGAUCCCCGCGAUGGUAUGCUUGGAAAGAGAAGAAAGGUCAUGCCGACUGCUUCCGAGCGUCUUAUCUGGGCACAGGGCUCGCCAUCCACCCUCAAGGCCAUCACCACUGAGCUCAAUGGGGUCAAGCUGACGAUCGGUGCCGCUAUUUGCUGGGAAAGCUUCAUGCCUAUGCUCCGCCAGAGCCUCUACGCCCAAGGUGUCAACAUUUAUCUGGCACCCACGGCAGAUAGCCGCGACACCUGGCUUCCUCUGGUUCGGACCAUUGCUGGCGAAGGCCGCACAUUUGUUCUCACCGCCAACCAAUGCGUGCGGCGCCGUGAGCUUCCUGGCUGGAUUACGGGAGCUUCUUCUAGAGAAGCAGCUGAGAACGGCGACGAAUACAUCUCGCGGGGUGGCUCUUGUAUCAUUGGCCCUCUCGGUGAGGUGCUCCGCGAGCCGAUCUGGGAAGUCUGCACUGAUGAUGCGGCAAACCCGGAUGACUUGAAUGACCCAGCUCUCGAAGCCGCUGUGUCUAUCUCGGAGAUCGAUUUGGAUGACUGCGAGAGAGGAAAGCUGGAUCUUGAUGUUACCGGGCACUACUCACGAAACGAUGCCUUCAAGUUGUCCGUUGAGGGUCUGGACCUUAACCCUCCUCCUCUGUGA